CUUCCGGUGCCGUGCACUACCAGCCGGGUGAAUGGCUCUCAGGCGGUUCUGUUAGGAGUCAGUCCCAAACGCUUUCAGACCAAACGUCCUCAAAAUGUCUGUCGGAGAGGGACAGAGGAGACAUUAACGAGCUAAAGUCCGGUUUCAGAACAACGUUUCUUUCACGGACGCAGUGAAUAUAACGUCAUUGUGUUUCUAAAAUGAGUUGUGUGCCGCUGAAGAGGUUCUACAAGGAGCUGCCGGUGUGGGUAGUGGAGGACCACCAUGAUGUGGUGAGUCAUAUCUAUCGUGCCAUUGCAUCAAGACACCUCCCACUGAAGAACAUAAAGAUGGUUCAUUUAGACUCCCACCCUGAUCUGCUCAUCCCGGUCAACAUGGCUGCUGACACCGUCUUUGAUAAGGAGAAACUCUUCAGUGAGUUGAGUAUAGAAAACUGGAUCAUGCCCAUGGUGUAUGCCGGCCAUGUGUCCUGCGUGGCGUGGCUGCAUCCAUACUGGGCCCAGCAGAUCAGAGAGGGAGAGCACCGGAUGUCUGUGGGCAGAGACUCAUCCACCACCACCAUCAGGGUGACCAGCACAGACAACUACUUCCUCAGUGAUGGUCUGUAUGUUUCUGAGGAGCAGCUGGAGAACCCUCAACCACUCAGGCUGAACGUGGUCAAAGUGAACCCCGUCAAAGCCAGUAACAGGUCAACUUCAGGAAGAAAAACAGAAGCGGAUGCAGAGAGAUGGGGUACCAAGAGAGCCCGUACAGAGGAUGAUACAGCUGGGGAAGCCAGCUGCUCUGAGCCCCUCUUAAGAUGCACCGUCACACUGCAGCCAGCAGAUGGCAACAAUGGGACAAGCCUGGGGGGUGACGAUGAUGUGGGAUCCACCAGUUAUGUUGUUAAGAGCAUAUCUGCGUUUCUCAGCGAGACAGAGCCAUACAUCUUGGACAUUGAUCUGGAUUUCUUCUCAUGUAAGAAUCCCUUCAAGGAAUUAUACACACAGGAAGAGUACACCAUCCUUAAGGAGCUCUACAACUUCAGAGGACCCAGCCCUGAUGCUGAUCAGGAGGAGCUUGAUGAGUGUGUGGACCAUCGUGUACAUCAGUUAGAAGACCUGGAAGCAGCGUUUGCUGAUCUGCUGGAGGAUGAUGGAGAAGAGACAGUAAGACGCUGGGCCAGCAACCCUGGCAUGGCUUCAUUAGCCCAACUGGUUUCCAGUUUGAAGUCGAGAAAUGUGUGCCCUGACUAUGAAAUGGUGCAUCAGGCGGGAUUAACCUGUGACUCUGUUGAGCUGCCACACCACAUCAGCAGUGACGAGGAGAUCGACAGACACAUCUCUGCCGUACAGCUGUUUCUGAAGGCUCUGCCCAGACCCACACUGGUUACAAUGUCCAGGUCCAGCCUAGACGAAUACUGCCCAGUAGAGCAGGUGGAUUCAGUCCAGAGCAGAGUACUGGCUGUACUGGAGAGCCUUUAUGGACCGCUGGACUUGCACAAAGACUAUGAAAACAUCAGCACAGAGACUCCAGACUGCCAACCUCAGGCCUCUUAACACACACAUAGACAUUUCACUUUUGGAUUCAGACAACCACAUGAAAAAUAACACACCAGAUGCUGUUAUAGUGAAUUUAUAUGCCAUGUCCAACAGCUGGAACGUGUUAGAACACUGUGAUGUGUUAACGAGAGAAGUGGCCAUUGAAGUUCUCCAUCCUGGAUCUCGUGUUUGACAGAAACUGUGAGAAUCCAGGUUAAAGUCGGUUGAGUGGUGACCGUACAUACUGGUCUGGUGUAGAACUGCAACGAUUAGUUGUCAGCUAUUAAAUGAAUCACCAACUAUUUUGAUAAUCAA